AUGUCACCAGCCACGUUCGCCCCAGGUGUGCACAGAGUGUUCGUCUACGGCACCUUGAAGCGCGACCUGUGGAAUCACAAAAUAUUACGGAACGGUGCGUCGAAGUACGUUGCCGACGUGAAGACUUGUCGAGCGGACUUCAAAAUGUUUCUCGCCGAGGCCGGGUACCCGUACCUGACGAUGGUAGAACUCGACGGACGCAUCGUCCACGGCGAGCUGUAUGAAGUGAACGACCAGACGCUGGAGAUGUUGGACGCCUUGGAGGAGAUCUCGAGCGGUUUGUACUCGAGGGAAGAGUUGGAGUGCGUGACGGUUGAUGAAGCGGCGACGCCGUAUGACGCGUACUUCUACCUUGCCGGUCCUCGAAUCGAUGUGUCCAAUUUAUCGGAGAUUGAGACCUACGAUAAGGCUCUGCACGAUGAACGAUACGUGCCGAAGGAUAAGCCCAGGAUCGAAGUCGAUAGAUGGUGA